AUGGCCGGCACGUACAGCUCUACCUUGAAGACUCUGGAGGACUUGACCUUGGACUCCGGGUAUGGGGCCGGGGACUCGUGCCGCUCUCUCAGCCUGUCCUCUUCCAAGUCCAACUCGCAGGCGCUCACGUCGUCGGCGCAGCAGCACCGGGGGGCGGCCUGGUGGUGCUAUUCGGGAUCUAUGAACAGCCGCCACAACAGCUGGGACACCGUGAACACUGUGUUGCCCGAGGACCCCGAGGUGGCCGACCUCUUCUCUCGCUGCCCGCGGCUGCCCGAGCUGGAGGAGUUCCCCUGGACGGAGGCGGACGUGCUGCGGGUGCUGCGCAAGGGGGCCGGGGCUCGGCGGCUGCCCCACUUCUCGGCCGAGGCUGGGCGGCGCGUGGCGCUUCUGCUGCGCCGGGCACUCAUCCGCGUAGCCCGCGAGGCGCAGCGCCUGAGCGUCCUCCAUGCCAAAUGCACUCGCUUCGAGGUGCAGAGCGCCGUGCGCCUUGUCCAUAGCUGGGCACUGGCCGAGAGCUGCGCGCUGGCAGCGGUCAAGGCGCUGUCGCUCUACAGCAUGAGCGCUGGCGACGGGUUGCGCCAGGGAAAGUCAGCGCGCUGCGGCCUCACCUUCUCCGUGGGUCGCUUCUUCCGCUGGAUGGUGGACACCCGCAUCUCCGUUCGUAUCCACGAGUAUGCCGCCAUCACUCUCACAGCAUGCAUGGAGAACCUGGUGCAGGAGAUUCGAGCUCGGGUGCUGGCCGCCAGCCAGAGCCCCGACGGCGGGAGCGGGGAGGUGUCUGCAGAGGCCCUGGAGAUGGUGAUUAAUAACGAUGCCGAGCUCUGGGGGGUCCUGCAGCCCUAUGAGCAUCUGAUCUGUGGCAAGAAUGCUAACGGUGUGCUCUCCCUGCCUGCAUACUUCAGCCCUUACAACGAUGGCUCCCUGGGCAACGAUGAGCGAGCCGAUGCCUACGCCCAACUAGAGCUCCGGACAUUAGAGCAGUCCUUGCUGGCCACCUGCGUUGGGAGCAUCUCUGAACUGAGUGAUUUGGUCUCCCGAGCUAUGCAUCACAUGCAGUGCCACCAUCCUCUGUGCCCAGGCACCAGCCCAGCCCGCCAGGCCCGCCAGCCACAGCAGCCCAUCACCUGGUCUCCCGAUGCCCUCCACACACUCUACUAUUUCCUGCGCUGCCCACAGAUGGAGUCCAUGGAGAAUCCCAACCUGGACCCGCCAAGAAUGACCCUGAACAAUGAACGGCCCUUCAUGCUCCUCCCUCCCCUGAUGGAAUGGAUGCGGGUGGCCAUUACCUACGCAGAGCACCGCCGCAGCCUGACGGUGGACAGCGAUGACAUCCGGCAGACGGCCAGACUGCUCCUGCCUGGCCUGGACUGUGAGCCCCGGCAGUUAAAGCCUGAAUGUUGUUUCAGUUCCUUUCGGAGACUCGACGCCAAAGCAGCCACUGAAAAAUUCAACCAGGACCUAGGAUUCCGCAUGCUCAACUGUGGGAGGACAGAUCUCAUCAACCAGGCUAUUGAGGCACUGGGGCCCGAUGGGGUGAACACCAUGGAUGACCAGGGGAUGACCCCACUGAUGUACGCCUGUGCCGCCGGGGAUGAAGCAAUGGUCCAGAUGUUGAUAGAUGCUGGAGCAAACUUGGACAUCCCAGUCCCGAGCAGUUCUCCCCGAUACCCAUCCGUUCACCCCGACAGCCGACACUGGACCUCCCUGACGUUUGCUGUGCUGCAUGGGCAUAUCUCCGUUGUCCAGCUGCUCCUAGAUGCUGGUGCCCACGUGGAGGGCUCUGCAGUAAACAGUGAAGAGGAAAGCUAUGCGGAGACACCCCUGCAGCUGGCCUCUGCAGCAGGGAACUAUGAGCUAGUCAGUUUAUUGCUGAGCCGGGGAGCCGACCCUCUCCUGAGCAUGCUAGAAGCCACCUCCUCACUCCAUGAAGACAUGAACUGCUUCAGCCACUCAGCGGCCCAUGGGCACAGAAACGUCCUCAGAAAGCUCCUGACCCAGCCACAGCAGUCCAAAGCUGAUGUCCUGUCCCUGGAGGAGAUCUUGGCUGAGGGUGUGGAGGAGAGUGACACAUCCAGUCAGGGCAGUAGUAGUGAGGGCCAGAUUCGGCUCUGCAGGACCAGGAUGAAGGCAUUGCAGGAGGCCAUGUACUACAGUGCUGAGCAUGGCUACGUGGACAUCACGAUGGAGCUGAGGACACUUGGUGUUCCCUGGAAGCUGCACGUGUGGAUCGAGUCCCUGAGGACGUCCUUCUCUCAGUCUCGCUAUUCCGUGGUCCAGGGGCUGCUGCGGGAGUUCGGCACCAUCAAGGAGGAAGACUACAAUGAGGAGCUGGUGACCGAGGGCCUCCAGCUCAUGUUCGACAUCCUCAAGACCAGCAAAAACGACUCCAUCAUCCAGCAGCUGGCCGGUGUCUUCACACACUGCUACGGCAGCAGCCCCAUCCCCAGCAUCCCGGAGAUCAGGAAGACCCUGCCGGCCCGCCUAGAUCCUCACUUUCUGAACAACAAGGAGAUGUCCGAUGUGACCUUUCUCGUGGAAGGGAAGCUGUUUUACGCACACAAGGUGCUCCUGGUGACGGCUUCCAACAGGUUCAAGACCUUGAUGACCAACAAGUCAGAGCAAGAUGGCGACAGCAGCAAGACCAUCGAAAUCAGCGACAUGAAGUACAGCAUCUUCCAGCUGAUGAUGCAAUAUCUCUACUAUGGAGGGACAGAGUCCAUGGAAAUCCCCACAGCCGACAUCCUCGAGCUGCUGUCGGCCGCCAGCCUGUUCCAGCUGGAUGCCCUUCAGAGGCACUGCGAGAUCAUGUGCUCCCAGACCAUCAGCAUGGAGAGCUCUGUGAACAUCUACAAGUAUGCCAAGAUCCACAACGCUCCCGAGCUGGCCCUGUUCUGCGAGGGCUUCUUCCUGAAGCACAUGAAGGCCCUGCUGGAGCAGGACUCCUUCCGGCAGCUCAUCUAUGGGCGCAGCAGCAAAGUGCAAGGCCUGGACCCUUUACAAGACCUUCAGAACACACUGGCUGAGCGCGUGCACUCGGUGUACAUCACGUCCCGGGUGUGAAGAGGGCCCCCUCGGCGCGGCUCCUUCCUGGCCGAGCUGCCCGCCAGCCCGGUCGACCUUCCCGCAGUGGGAAGAGGAACAGCUCGGCUUCUUCACACUCGGUCCAGGAGGCGCCGAUAGCAACUGAGCCGCCAUUUUCCUUUUUAUCGUGGGAGGGUCGGCCGGGCGUCUGUCCCUCAGGAUGGAAGAUGAGGUUGGGAAGGGAGGGAAAAGAGAGGGUGACGGCCGGUGCUCCAGGGAAAUCCAAGCUCCCCAGAAAAGUCCCGCCUCUGUGGGCUCCCCGUCUCACGAGCUCUGUCUGUCUCCAGGUCCCUCCUUGUGUGGGUCUCGGCCUAGGCCCUUGGCUCAGGCUUGCCCCAGAGAGGAGACUUGCAGGCCACUCUCUCAGCUGAAAGGGCUCAUGCUCCGGGGCUAAAUCUACGGUCUCCUAUGGCCAAAGGGUCUUCGUUCCUCUCCUCCUGUUACACCAAAAAAGCCAUCGGCUCACUUUCACCCCCUUUCAGGUAGCUGCGGCUCUGAAGAGGGAGAGGGAGAGAUUCCUCACCAAAUGGGGACGGGCUCACCGACUCUGGACCCUCUGAUCCAUGCUCCACUUUGGCCAAUGAAGACCCUCCUGUAGCCCAAGCCCAAAUGCCCCCCGUCCCUCCUCCUCAGGUGAAACUGUAGCCGUAAGAGGGCCCCGACUAUGGGUGUCGGCCAAGUAGCCUGUUUCAGGACCGCAGAGGGAGAAACCAGAUGUUCUCCCUGAGUCUCUCCAGACUUCUCCUCUGAGACGUUGGUGGACGGGCCAGAGUCUCCGCGUUGGGGGCACGAGGCAAUGAGGGGGUUGGGGGUUUAGAUGGAACAGAAAGGAAAGGAAGUGGAGGAAGGUAGGAGAUAGCAUGGCACAGCGAAGGAGGCUUCCAGGUGCUUCUCUGGACGUCAGAGGUCAGGGGUCCAGGCACUGUGGGCGAUGAUGGGUGUUCAGGAGUGGACGAAGGCUCAGGAACCCAAGGAUGGAUGGGCAAGAGUGUCACUCCCAGCUCAGUCUGGAAUGAGCCUGGGAACGGAGAGGAGAAGGAAGAGGACCUACAUUUCUUGGCAGUCCACAGGAAAUAAAGUUGGCAGGAAGGAAGACUCCCACACUCCGAGUUGUGGAGAAGAGAGGAGGAGAGUCCGCAGUAUUCCCUCCCCGCAGGCCAGGAAUCCAAACCACAAGCUCCCUUGGCCCUCCGCUCUCUGGCCUCUUAGAAACCUUCAGUUCUGGGGAAGCCGGGCCACUCGAACCGGCUGUCUGGAUGGAGCGGAUCCCAGACGGGCCAGUCGUCGUGCCUGUCGCCAGCCUGUGCUUCCUUCGAGCUCUAACCGAAUCUAUUUAUUCACCCAAAGCCACGCUUCGGCUUUGGGGGAGGGAACGUCCCCGUCCCUUGAAAAAGCCCCAAAUGGCUUGAAAUACUGGAAAAUAAUUUUCAAACAGCUAUUUUGGCGAUGUGUACAAAGGUAUAGGCAUUAUUUUAUUGCUGUAAUAUUGUAUGAUACGGUAACUGUACAUUCAUUCCUGUUGUCAUUUAUUGUAAAUGUAUCAGGGUUUUAUUAACAAUAAACACUUGUUAACAAGC